AUGGAGACCAUCAACAGCUACCACGGGAUGGCCACCAACUCGACGCGACCGCUCCUCGAUUCGCUGUCGUCCAGCCUCGAGGCACAAAAGUCCGAACGAGCCCUGCGACGCAUGACCGUCAUGUACCCCAACCUUAACAUGGAGGAGGAGCCGCCAGCACCGCGAAAGCGACCAGUGACGAUGGUGAUGGCCGAUCCGCAGCUGAGCUUCUCUUCCAUGCACACCGACAUUGCUGCCCUCACCUCCGGCCUUGCCUCCGCCGACAACACGCAAGGAUCUGAGCAGCCCGAGGGAGGUUGGUUCGACCAACUCUGGAGCUGGAGGUCUGCCAUCAUCAUCAUCGGCAUCAUCGUCGUCGUCGGUGGGGUCGGCGUCUGCAGCCGCGCAUGGCACUGGGUCGGCAUCGCCACGACGCCAGAACCCGGUAUCGAGGGCGACGAGGAAGAUGUGGUCGGAAGCGAUAAGAACCAAGACGGCAAGGGCGGGAUGGGGCGGCAGAUGUCCAAGCUCCUCAAGCGCAAAAAGGACAACAAGAAAACCGACCUACUCACCGAUCUGAGCCAGCGGGUGACGGCGCUUGAGGCGCAGCUGGAGCUGAGCGAACAGCAGAACGAGGAACGGAAGCAGGCCCAGGAAAUCCUGAACGAGGAGCUCCUCGAGCAACGACGCCGAUACGACGAAGAAAAGCGAAAAUGGGCCGCUCAGAUCGACCAGCUCAAGGAGAAAUACUUCUUGAGCCUGGUGGUGUCGGCCAAGCUCAACUACAUGCUCUCCAGCAACGACGGCGACUCGAUCAACGUCCGAGCGCCGGCCCUCUGGGAACAGGCGGCGGCCGACGAGGUGGAGGUGGAGGACUUCACCAAUUACAUCGCGCAGCACAUCGAUGAAGCUGUGGCGGCCGCCAACGGCGACCGACGACGACAGCCCGGUGGCGGCAGCAGCGACGGCAAGGUGGGAUACGACCACUACUACUCCUACGUGCGCGAUGACAGUGACCCGCGAAGGCGAGUGUAG